AAAAUAAUAAUAAAAAAUAAAAAAAAGAAAGAAAAGAAAAGAAAAGAAAAGAGAAGAAGAACAGAGACGGGACAUCUCACGAGAUAGAGAGAGAGAGGAUGGAUGGUCCACCGGUGAACGAUUGUUGCUCGGUCUGCCAUGACAACUUCAACCUUCCUUGCCAAGCCAACUGCUCUCACUGGUUCUGCGCUACUUUUGGGUGCUUUUCCUGGUCCCAUUUCAGCUAAUUGUAUCAUGCGAGUUUGGCAUUACGGCUCAGCGCUUCAGCCAUGUAAGUGCCCAAUAUGUCGUCGCUUGAUAACUUUGUUGAUACCUACUGAGGCUGCACUACGUCAGCGUCAUGAACCAGAAGCACAUCAAGUCCUUGAAAAAAUUGAAAAGUACAACCAUCUGUUUGGUGGAGGCCCACACAGUCUCAUUCAGAGGUUGCGAGACCUGCCAUUUUUUGUUAAAAGGAUGUUAAGAGAGCUGAUGGAUCCUCAAAGAUCUCUUCCUCUUGUUCACAGAACUCGUAUGAUUUUUGCAAUGGUACUAACGGGCAUCUAUGUACUUAGCCCCAUAGACAUUCUUCCUGAAGGGAUGCUUGGCAUUUUCGGUUUGUUGGAUGAUCUGCUCAUAGUAGUGACUGUUUUCCUCCAUCUUGCUGCUAUAUAUCGGUCAGCUCUUGUUUUCCGACAUGGACGCACUUGAAUUGUUACUCAAACUUGUCACUCGCAAAAUGUAAUUGUUGUGGAAGCACCUAGUUGCUUCGUUGUUCUUGUGUAGGGAUUGCAGUAGUGAACACCGCUUGGCUUUUCCCUUGUACUUGUGUAUUGGAUUGCAUUAGGGAACACUGACAGGCCUUUUCAUCAUUCUUGUUACUUUUAACUAAUACAAGGACCUAGCUGUGCCAUCUUUGGCCUUCCAAACAGAUGACAGGUAAAGCGGUUGACAGUCCAUAUUCACAAUCGGAAGGUCUACUUGCUCGAUAUCUACAGUCAUGGGCUAUCCAGUCAGUAUGGGCAAACAGGAUACAUGGAGAGUUCAAAAGACCCGGUCGAGUUGACUCGAAGGACUUAACCGACUUUUCAUUGACCUGGUUUGGUAUUUAACAGUGAGACAAAAACAUCUAUGGUUGUUGCAAAUAUUGUAAAAAUACUUGGAAUGAACAAAAUAAGCAGCAGAUGAUGCAGUGGUUA